CUUCACUAAAUGAUUGCAACUGUAUUUCCUGCCUGACUUUACAUUAUGAGCACUUUACAGCGAAUCUCUUCUCAAUGCGUACGAUCAUACCGAACCAGUUUGGGAUCUUCCAUGUCAAGACGUGGCACACAAGUAAAACUUCAGCCCAGACUUCAGCCUGUAAGAAUCGUGGCCAAGAACGCACCAUUCUCAAGUUAUGCACCAACUAGAAGAAUUCAAAUCCCACCUCUUCCUAUUGCCCUCUGUGUCUUUGGCUUUGGCUGUCUGGGAUUUGGUCUCUACCAAUACUUUACGUCCGAUAUUCAAAAAUAUCCUGUGCCUGUCAGACAAGCAUUGCGAAAGGCUUUGUACUAUGAAAACUAUGGCAAUGACCCUUCCCUUGCCGAAGACUACUACAAGCAAGCUCUCGAGCUAGCAUUAGCAGGCGAGGAACUUGAAAAUCACAGCAGAUACGUGAGCGGUAUCAUGAUCCAGUAUGGUACUUUGUUAGAACAACAGGGCAAGCCGCGAGAGGCAAGGGAUGUCCUCACGAACUGCAUUAGUCUUAUUCUUCAUAUCAACAAAGAGGACGCUGCAAAUUUCGUCAAGAACGUUGAUUUAGCUCAAACGGAAUUAGACGGAGAAGAUCGAAUGAAAGCUUUGGGGAUUGCUCAGAAACUUGGGGAUCUGAAUGUUCAGCUCAAGGACGACGCGGCUGCGGAAAAGUGGUAUAACUGGAGCGUCGAGCAAAUGUUUAAAUCGACCCUACCGAAUGCGAAUGGGUCUGGCAUGGAAUUGGAUGCGAAAGAAAAGCUGUUCAAUGCUGAGAAUAUGCCCAAAUGGUUAACGAAAACGGAUGUAGGCGCUUCGAUGGAAGCAUUGGCAGCAUUUUAUGCAGAAAGAAGAAAAUAUGAUUUCGCCUUACCGCUCUAUCUACGUUCAUUAACGCUAUACCCGGCUGUCAGAGAGGAAUGCCAUGCAGCGGUUUUAAUGUGCAAUGUCUCUGAAGUCUUUGCUGGUAUGGGCCAAUAUCAAGAGGCCAUCAAGUGGGCGGAGGAUGGCAUCGAACUAGCUAAAAACCCUAAUACUGGAAAGAAGGCUGGUGAUGACCGCAGAAUAUGCGAUGAAGCUCUUGGUGUUCUCCUGCAUAAUAUUGGUAUGGUAUAUGAGCAAACCGGUGAUAUGCAAGGCGCUCUUGUCUACUAUAAUCGAUGCCGUAAACAUGCCCAGGAUCUCAAGUUAGUCGCCACCAAACGCGAAGCUGAGGUAGCAUUGAAGCGAGUCAAACUAAAUGACCAAGCAGCUGUGGAAAGUGGCAGAAGCUCAAUGUUUGAUCAAAAGCUGUGAGAAACGGUUCUAUGACUAUUCCCAAGGCUUAAAAAAUAGAUAAAUACGAUAGAAUACUUUGGAAACUUUUUUUUUUUUUUUUGGUUGGGAUUCG